AUGAGUCCAGAGUGGGACCUCUACAACGCUGCCGCGACUCUUGAGAAUCGAGGGGCUGAGUCGAGAGGAGCUCUCAAGUUCCCCACAUGGACAAAGCGUGGACAGCGGCUGUUCAUCUUGUCAUCGACAGUUCUCUUGGCGGCCGACAUCUUCAGGAACAGGCCCAAGCGUAUCGCCGUGUUUCCAGAUGUGCUCGGUCGUGUCUCCAGCGUGGUGAGGGGCUCCAAGUUUGUGCGUGGCCUUGGAGUCGACAUGGUCCUUGAAUGGAAUGGAACCCGCCAGGAUUAUUCGCGACUGGCGGUUGAAGUGCUUGCUUCAUCGGCGGCGGGCCGGACGAGCAGGGAGAGCCCCUUGCCGGAGUCGGGUGCGAGGAGCACGCUCAGAACAUCAGGUGCCGGGUAG